GCGGGAAGAGCGGCAGCGCCAUGAGUUCGUCGCGCGCGUUCAAGGUGGCGUUCAAGUGCAGUGCAUGCGGCAAGUGCUGCACAGGAAAGGGGGGUAAAGUCCGAGUAAACACGCGCGAGGUGGAGGCGAUUGCGGAUCACCUGUCGAUCCCGACGAAGGAACUGCGACGGCAUUAUCUGCGGCGUCAUCGUGACGACGACUUCGACUCGCUCAAACAAACGCCUGAUGAUCGCCAGUGCAUCUUCUUGGACGGAAAGCAAUGCUCCAUUUACCCAGUCCGACCGACACAAUGCCAAACAUACCCAUUCUGGCCACAGCAACUCAUCUCCAAGUACGAUUGGACUCUUGCGUCCAAAGAAUGCGAAGGCAUCCUUCUUGACCCAUCAAGCGACGAUGACAUCAUCCCGGACGACCGCAUUCUCAAGGAAACAGUCAUCCACGAAGUGCAUCGAUCUGGCGAAAACAUCACGUACAACGAGAUCAACGAGCUCGUUGCCGAGUUGGACCCCGAUAUGCUACAUGCAUUUGAUCAGGAAGUCGCAUCCAAGUAUCGCCGCAAGAUUGUCUACGAAGACCAGCAUGUCGUCGUCCUCGACAGCUUCUUCGACAAGUUGCCGCCGACGCGAUCCUUACACUUCACGGAUCGACUCCAGUUGGUGCAGAGUGAAGUGUUCUUGACACAUGAAGGGGCAGUCGACCACUCGUACUUGUCGCUGGACGUCCACCGGGGAUUGAGUGUAGCUUUGGGGUUCCUCGAUGACUCACGACGCUCGUCGCAGUGGCGCAUCGCCAUGCUUGGUGCCGGUGCGAGCGUCCUCCCGACGUUUUGGCACCACCUGAUCACCCGCCAUCGUCCCGUCCACAUCCAAGUCGUCGAGCCGAGGGAGGAUAUGCUUCGCGCGGGGCGCGAGUACUUCGACGCGGCCGACGCGUUGCAAGUCCACCAACAGUUUGGGGAAUCAUUCGUGUCCGAGUCUCUCAUGGCGGGGGCGUUGAUGGACCUGAUCGUUGUGGACGUCGAGGAUGGUACAAGCCAUGCCGUGUCCGACGAUCGCGGCGACGGACUGCUGCGAGCGCCACCCGCGUCAAUGACGUCGUUCUCUUUUCUUCAGGACAUUCGACAACUGUUGACGCCACGUGGAGUCUUUGCCGUCAACGCGAUCGACGGAGACAAACCCAUUGGCGAACGCGCCCCCCGUGGAAGCAGUGUGCACUGCUUAUCGCGGCGGAUGGCGGCCGUGUUCGAUCAAGUGUGGAUGCUCGAGUUGGCCGCGAACGUAAUCGUGUUUGGUGUGAAGGGGGACUCGACAUCGUCGGCGGGACCGUCCGGAUGGAGCGACGAAAACGACGCCCUUCAAGAAAUCCUGGACGAAUUCCGACCAAACCUGCGCCGCGUGCAGUAGCCACCCGAUGCCGCGGGCUUGCGCUCACACGACAAAUACGAGCUCAUUUGUCUCCGUGUUUUGGCAUCACCAUGGACGCGUAAGUUGGAUGCAAUUCCCACAACACGGACACUGGCUUGGCGCGGACCGUCGUUGGCUUUGUCAAAUGCACUCCAUCCUUCGAUUCCUUUUGCAUGGAACGCCACGCGACGAUUCUGUCUUCGCUCCACGUGGGCAUCAAUCUCGUCGUCGAAACCUCGCCAUGUCGAAAUGCAGCACCUUUCCAU